AUGGAUUACGCCGCUGCUAUUAGACAGCAGGCAGAAGACCUACAAGAGGAAUUAAAGGAAUUAGAUCUUUGGCAAGAGGAGGUCCUGCGGAAACAGGAAGCGAAUAAGAAGAGAAAGGCCCAGCCGACAAACGCUGAUGCUAUUCCACCUAUCAGAGGAACGGUUCCAUCACUGAAAGAGGCUGUUCAAAAGAUUGCCCCAAAGAGCAAUGAUGAGGAUCCCGUGAAAAAGACUAAAGAUCAUGGCAAUGAACUCUUUCAACAGGGAAAGAUAAAAGAAGCCGUAGAGGCAUAUAGCGCGGGGAUUGACCUCGAUGCUGAAGGACCAUUGGCACAUGUGCUGUACGGCAAUCGGGCGCUGUGCUAUUUAAAGCUGGAUAAGUGGGUAGAUGCAGAGCGAGACGCUUCUUCGUGCGUGCGCCUGAACCGUAGCUACUCGAAGGGAUACUACCGUCGAGCCGUCGCGCGAAGACAGCUUGGGAAUCUGAAAGGUGCGCGUACGGACCUAGAGGCGGUUCUUGCGCUCGUGCCGAACGAUGCUAAUGCCACAAGCGAGAUGAAGACAAUAACUCAGAUGAUGCAACAGGAACGAGAGAGCACUGGUGCUGCUGUGAAGAAAAAGAAGAUUGUUAUUGCAGAAGUUGAUGAGGAUGAGGACGACGAUGAUGCGGGGGAGAGUGCUGCUCUAAAGGAUAAUGUGAAGGAUGAGGCACACGAGGCGGAGAGGAGUGAACAGUUGCGCAAGGCGAUGGAGGAACUGGAAAAAGCCCGCGAGGUCCAACGUGAUCUUCAACACUCCAAGGCGAAGGAGCAGGAGGCGAUGCUCAGUCAAAAAAGGAGGACUUGCGGACGUGUGGAAGUCAUUGAGGAGGAGCCCGUACCGGUACAAAGCACGGAAGACUCCAAAUCGGCGGCGAAAGUACGAGAGGUCGCAUCAAAGCUACCUGAAGAGGGACAGAAAACACCCUCCAUUGUACCACGCAGCUUAAAGACCUCUUCGAAGUGGACAAAGGAGAAUUUAAAGGCACCAAAGUCGUUUACAGAGUUUGAACGUGUUUUCUCCGACAUUAAAGACGACGAAGAGCUCUGCUGCUCCUUCGUCUCAAUGAUCCAACCGGCUACUCUGCGUACCUUGUUUGGAAACAACAUGACACCAGAAAUUCUUGUCGGACUACUGCGUGCUGUGAAGCGCCUCCAUGGAGCGGUUGCUAUAGAUUUUCUCAAAGCACUCUGUGCAGUUAAACGUGUCGAAGAUAUUUCCCUUUUCUUUGACGCCUCUGAGAAGAAGUUGGUUGAGGAGGUGCUGAGUGUGGUUGUCUCUUUUGGGGCUUCCCCAGAGGAUGUAAAGAUAUUUAAGCAGCGACUGAAAACUGUGUGA